CAGGACUUUCUUAGCAGCUAGCUAGAUACGUGGUUUUAGCAAGACAGCGGAAUGGACGUCAUGCUUCAUAUCAAAAUGUUAAAGGACAUUUUAAGUGUGUUUUGCGCAAUUUAUCUUGUCACCAAGUUUACCACUGCAACCCAAGACGGCUCUAAUGGGAAAAAGGACCAAGAGUGUUACAGCUACGCUGGAGGACACGUCUACCCCGGAGAGGCUUUCCGUGUGCCCGUCUCUGAUCAUUCCUUGCACCUCAGCAAGGCAAAAAGUGGGUAUUGUCCCCCUGCACGGCAGUUGUACUUGGCAAUCAUAUUGACUUGAAAAUUAUUUUAAUAACUGAAGGAUGUUUUACUCAACAAUACAAUUAUAAUUUGUUUUUAACUACACAGCUAGCUAGCUAACUAGUUUGCCUGCAGCCAAUUAGCUAGUUAAUUUAGUAGACUUGAUUAACGUUAGCUAGCCACCGUUCCAGUUAUGCUGCAAAGUUUCACAACUGAAGUUUGCAUCAAAUCGGUAUGCGCGUUAUUGUAAUAAUAUGCCAGCUUUUACUAGUAGAUCCAAAUUCAUAAGUUGUAGCUAAUAGUACAUUUGGACACGUCAUGCCAAAAAACGUGGGUCGAACUGUAGCCAGCAGAUUCUGACCCUACCGUUACGCUUGUUUACACUGAGCUUCACUGGGGUCAGAACGCCAUCAUGGUUAGAUUAAAGGCCCUGCUACACUACAGCCAUUGGCAUGGCAUUGCCAUCAGCCGUUGAAGAAAUGCUUCCUUUGAAAUCAAUGGAAGUUGCUUCACUGCCCAUGUUGCGCUUGUGUUGCGUCAUGUCCAAUGGCAGCAUCCAAGCUCAAGAAUCAAGGUUCAAUUCUCGAUUGUUGACGCACGUUCAUUCUAUCUUGUGAAUUAAAAUUAUGAGAAAUAAAGUUUAUUUUGGUUGCAUGUGGCCUUGACUAUACACCACUGGUUAUUUUCCAAAGAUCAGGGUCCUUAAUGUCUUAAGGCUUUAAAUCAGAUGAAUGAAUUUAAGUCUGAAGAUUUUUUUUUUUCGAAAGUCGUAAAAAAUGUGACGUAGAUAACUACAGUGUUUCCGUUAUGUUGUGCCGCUGCUUAAUUGUUUCCACCACAGAAAAAUAUACAAAAUGUAACAUCAAAUAAUGCUUGAGGUGCACUUUUAAGAUGUUAGAAAGCUAUCCACAUGUGCGCCUCUCUGUGUGUGCACGUCAAGUGAGUGUGCCAGUGCGAGUCGGCCAUUGCCAGAGGAGAGAGCAAGGAAGCCUAUACAAUUUGAUAGACAACAACGCUAACUAGACCUGAGAUGAUAAACCGUCAAUUACCGACACCGACAUUGCCCUCCUCUUACCGAAUAAUUUAGCUUAGUGAUUCAGUUCAGUGUUUAGGCUACACAACAUUCCUGCUGAUUUCUUUUUGGUUCUAAAACCAUUAUCUGGUCAACACUAAUGUGCAUUAACCUGCUUCCUGCAAUGAAAACAUCUGCCCUGUCCCUGUUUUGCUGGCUCUUCUUACUCCUGCUCCCCACUUUGCACACGGAAUGAAGCGCAAGCAUACUGACAGUUGAGUAACAUUUCAAAAUAUAAUUGCGGGAAAGACAGUUUUUAAAACAACUACUGAGUCUCAGCUUUAUGUGAGUAUAACAAUUAAUUUCUCAACUUUCAAUAUAGAGGAAAUAACAUAACUUUACAAACGCAGUAUGUAGUUGAGAUGAUGCGCCAACGGAGCAGAGUGCGCUAUUUGCAGUGGUGACUUAUUCCAAAUGUUGUUGUUACAGCCUGAUUGUACAAUAUUUGCACAUUAUUAUUUUUAUAAUUCUUCAAGCUCUGUCAAGUUGGUUGUUGAUCAUUGCUAGAUCAAGUCUUGCCAUAGAUUUUCAACAGAUUUAAGUCAAAACUGUAACUCAGCCACUCCGGAACAUUAGCUGUCUUCUUGGUAAGCAACUCCAGAGUAGAUUUGGUCUUGUGUUUUAGGUUAUUGUCCUGCUGAAAGGGGAAUUAAUCUCCCAGUGGUGGAAAGCAGACUGAACCAAGUUUUCCUCUAGGAUUAUCCCAUGUGCUUAGCUCCAUUCCGUUUCUUUUUUCAUCCUGAAAAACUCCACAGUCCUUAACAACUACAAGCAUACCCAUAACAUGAUGCAGCCACCACUAUGCUUGAAAAUAUGAAGCGUGGUACUCAGUAAAGUGUUGUAUUGGAUUUGCCCCAAAUAUAACACUUUGUAUUCAGGACUUGUGAAUUGCUUUGGCACAUUGUUUUGCAGUAUUACUUGUUGCCUUGUUGCAAACAUGAUGCGUGUUUUGGAAUAUUUUUUAUUUUGUACAGACUUUGUCAAUUAAGUUAGUAUUGUGGAGUAACUACAAUGUUGUUGAUCCAUCCUCAGUUUUCUCCCAUCACAGCCAUUCAACUCUGUAACUGUUUUAAAGUCACCAUUGGCCUCAUGGUGAAAUCGCUGAGCGGUUUCCUUCCUCUCCGGCAACUGAUUUAAGAAGGAUGCCUUUGUCUUUGUAGUGACUGGGUGUAUUGAUACACCAUCCAAAGUGUAAUUAAUAACUCCACCAUGCUCAAAGGGAAAUGAAAUGUCUGCUUUAUUUUAUUUUAUCUACCAAUAGGUGCCCUUCUUUGCGAGGCAUUGGAAAACCUCCCUGCUCUUUGGUUGAAUCUGUGUUUGAAAUUCACUGCUCGACUGAGGUAUUAACUUACAGUUAAUUACCUGUAUAUGUGGGGUACAGAGAUGAGGUAGUCAUUCAAAAAUCUCAUUAAACACUAUUGCACACAGUGAGUCCAUGCAACUUAUUAUGUGACUUGUUAAGCACAUUUUUACUCCUGAACUUAUUUAGGCUUUCCAUUACAAAGGGGUUGAAUACGUAUUGACUCAAUUUAAUCCAUUUUAAAUUCAGACCAUAACACAACAAAAUGUGAAAAAAGUCAAGGCGUGUGAAUACUUUUGUAGGACAUUUACCGUUCUAUCAAUUGCAUGGCUAAAGCAACAAUAGAUUUAGAAAUGUAGCUAAUGUGUUUUAAGUUCCCAUUUCCUCGGGUGGUAAAUUAUGUAGCAUAGGCUAUAGCCUAGGUCAAUAUGCACAAAAACACACAGGCAAAUUAAUCUCUUAAAAGGCCAACAGAUAUCUGAUUAUAAUGGAUCCUAUUUUGACAUGUUACACUUCAAAAUAUCCAUCAUGCGUUCCCUGAACAUGUAAGAUGAAAUAGCUAACUUCUUUCAUGUCUUGCUUGGCACUGGAAAAUGUCUGUCUAGAGCCCUCCCCUACCGCUUAGCUACCUAGCUUCAAAGGAUAGCCAUUUGAUACCUGAUUCAUUGAAUGAGGGGAUUAUUUUAUUAAACGUUUUGGUUUUAGGCUAAUGUUCAAAUUGUACAGCAUAAUACGUCCAGGAGAGCUCCUGGGUUUGUACACUGUUUUGUUCCAGCCUCACUCUUAACAUACCAGAUUUUACAAAUCAACUACUUAACAGAACCUUGUUAAGUUGACUCAGGUGUGUUUGAGCAGUGCAGGAUCAAAAGUCUGCACACCCAUUGGCCUAGCUCUCCAGAGGGAGAGUUGACUAUGUGUUUUAUACAAUAAUAAUGCUGUAUAUUUGACUUUAUUAAGGCAUUUUUUCACAGUGGUAUCGUUAUGGUGUUGAGUAUCAUUAUACUACGCUGGUAUUGAUAUUGAAGCCUAAAUUCUGAAAAUGUAGUUUGAUCUAGCUAAUGAUUAGCCCAUUGGGGUAGCCUAAUAAAUGGAGAUGGGCAAUCCCAUGCUUCAGCCAUCUAUAGCCUAGCCAGUAGCCACUAUGCUACUACAUCCGUCUGGCUUAUUGCUAAAAUAGCACACCUGCCUGAGAAUAGGAGCCAUGUAAGCUAUAGCCUUUGGUGAAAGAGCCAGCCCUAAAAAUACUAUUACUUUUUGCCAACAUGGGCUCAUCCCAUAAGGCGGCGCACAAUUGGCCCAGCAUCGUCCGGGUUUGGCCGGUGUAGGCAGUCAUUGUAAAUAAGAAUUUGUUCUUAACUGACUUGCCUAAUUAAAUAAAGGUAAAAUAACAUUUCUGAAGGGCAAUAUUAGGUGUGUGGCUCGCGCAGACCUAGAAAUUGGUAUUAAAUUGCAUUCCAAGUGGAAUUAAAGGUCUUAGAAAGUCUUCCAUUCAACUUCAUGGAACCUGCAGAUACCCUGUAAGAUUUAUGAAGUCAAGAAGCUACUACUACUACUAGCUAGCUAGCAACAUUGACUAGCUAGGUUCACAAUGUAAACAAAAGCAACUUGUGAAAUUAGAGGAUCAUGUAGUACAACCACUAGCAACAAUUCUAUUGUACUUACAGAAUCUAUUUAAUAUGGUACAGUAUAGUAGGGGAAAAUAGAAUAAAGACGCCCUUCUCUGCUCCUCUCCACUUAAAAACAACACACUCUGUGUAGCAGGUAGAACGUCACAUUGACACGACGCUGAUGGCAAAGCAACGCAACGCUUAUAGUGGAGCGGAAGUGUAAAACACUGCAGAGCGAAAUAUGGCUUGGAAAAAGUACCUCACACCAGGGAUGUGAAAUUGCGUUGUACUCGGAAUUGUCCCAUUAUCCCAACUGUUACACCGGAAAGCUGAGCUUUUCGUCCUCAUGCUAGCUAGAAGCAGCCACAGCAGCCAUUAUGGAAUGGCACGUGGUGUUGAACAUCAAAGGAGCUGAUUGGCUGACACUGCCAUUUCAAAAUGGCGAUGGUGGCUACUGCUAGGUAGCAUGAGGAAGAAAAGGGCGGUUUUCUAGAAAAACAAACAGUAUUUGAAUCUUGUUGAUGUAUCAGUUUGCAUAUAGGUAAAAUUUGGAGUACAGUGUCACAUCCCAUCCCUGCAUUAAUGUAUGUUUUCCGACCCAUAUCUCGCACCGGCGCCGCGGUGUCUUAAUCUAACCAUGAUUGCGUUCCGACCCCAGUGCAGCUCAGUAUAAACAAGCGUAAUGGUAGGGUCAGAAUCUGCUGGCUACUCCAACUACUCUCUCAAGGACCCAGACAGGAGGACCCUAGCAAUAACAGUUGCUGUGCACCACACAAUCCCAAUGGAUGCAUCUCAGUCAGUGUUAUGUUAAGUGGCUUCCUCUCAUCGAGUCUACACUUUCUUUAUCUGUAUUCAUUUAAAAAGGAAGGUGAAAUUAAAUUCCCGGCUUGUACCUUCCAUAUCGCUUUCACAUUUGUUGCGUUUUCCAAUCAGCAGAGGAGAGAAGAUAAGGAGGCCACUUCCAGGAUGCACCCCAUGAGGUAACCAGCUGUGCCCUAUCCCAAGAUGUACUGUUAAGGAGUGUAGGUGUAACAGUAUUGUUUCCGUCCCUCUCUGCCGGAACCUGGGCUGGAACCAGACCCUCUGAACACAUCAACAACAGUCACCCACAAAGCAUCAUUACCAAUCGCUCCACAAAAGCCGCAGCCCUUGCAGAGCAAGGGAAAAAACUACUUCAAGGUCUGAGUGAAUGACGUCACCGAUUUAAACACUACUACUAGCGCGUACUGCUAACUAGCUAGCCAUUUCACAUUGGUUACAUGGGUAAGCCUACUCCUUUAACGUCCAAGGACCUUAUAUGUUCAGAGGUAAACUGGCUCUGGCAGCCAAAACAGCCAAAUGCGAUACGGUUAUAGAAACAUAAAAAGCCCUCUACUUUCAUAUCACAUCAAAAUAAUUUUACUAAUGCAAAAUAUACACUCACUGUUUUAAAACAGUUGCAGCCGACAGUACUUCUCAGUUACAACACUUUUCUGAUGUUCGGAGACUCUAGAUAGCUAGGCUAAUUAGAACAAGUGGUCGCCUCUCUCUUCCGUUAACAGGCCGUAACAUGGAAAUAUGUAUUAAAAGGGUGUAAUAAUUUUACCUUUGUUUUAUGAACAAUCUUUCUCUAUUAGCCUAUAUGGAAGUCAACUUCCAGAGGUUUCCAAAACCGCAUCGCAAGCGAGGAUUAUUGAUGUAGAGGGAGCCCUCUUUGGUGAACGAGAACUAAGUGUGCCCCAAGCCUGCCAUGAGCCAUAGGCUUACCUGCACACUGCUCACCAAUAAUGAACAAAUACUAUUCAUUGUUGACCAAGCACACUAAAUAAUGGUGUGUUGGUAUGAACAACAUUGAGGAUACAAAGCAGGAAGUCUGUUCUGAUUGGGUUUUCCCUAAAAUGUGAUCAGCAAAUAACUUGCUUGCUCGUGCUUUGAACUGUCAUCAAAUAUGUUUUUGUUAUUUCUUAUUUUUGCAGUUUCAAAGCCUGCACCUUAUUUUGAGGGUUCAGCUGUCAUCGAUGGUGAGUUUAAGGAGCUCAAACUGUCUGACUACAAAGGGAAAUACCUAGUCUUCUUCUUCUACCCCCUGGACUUGUGAGUACUAACUCUUACUGACCUUCAUCCUAAAACAAACCUCUUUGUAGUGUUCUUUGCUACUGUCAGAAAAUGUGUUUGUUUGUUUAUUUUACUUUGUUAUAUUUAUUUCAGACAGAAUUGACAGUAUGUUACCUGUUAAAAAAAAAAAAAAAAAAAAAAAAACAGGCAAUGUUUAUAUGACCCCCUUUCAAACAGUCCCAUUUGUAACACUUUCUUGCCGGUAUAUGCAUUUUAAAGGGUACAUCCCGUUGCGGACGUGUCUAUUUUAAUAGAUCCAUUGAAUAUAUACACCAUCACAAAUAAAUAUAUUAUUAAUACGUUUAGGCAGGUCUUAAGAAACAUUAUGAUACUAAGAAAAUGUAUUUCAGAAGAAUAGAAUAGCAUAUUUUGAGUUUUAUGUUACUGGUCUGUGCAGCCUAGGCAAUAGGCUAUGGUUGCAGCAUGCAAAUGAAAUCAAUAGUUCAUUAUUUUGUUCAUUAAACAAACAAGACACAAUUACAUUACCCAGCCCUGAUCAGUAAACACAACAUUUUAUAGUAAGAAUAAUAUAUAAAUAAUAUUUUUUCCCAAACAACUUGAGUGUUGCGGGCUGUUAAUCUACCAAAAAAGUGAUAUUUUUAAACAGAGCCCAUGCCCUCAUUUCUUUUAGUUGCUUUAGAAACCCUAGAAUCUGCUCUUUCCGGUCGUGUAUUGAAAUCAAAUGUCUGACCUGGAUGAAUGUCUGUAGAGUGAUUUUUUUAAAAUUGUUUUGUCUUUUUUUAAAUGGAUUUUUUGGUUAAAAAAAGAUUGCAGAUCCACAUGGAAUCUUUUUUUUCCUAUGCUCUCUCCAUAUUAUGCACAUUGAUAGCUUGCUAGAAAAUGAUAACUGAUUUUUUUAUAGUAGCAGUAGGCAGUUAUCUAAAUAAUCGAAGCAAAACAUGCAAGGAGAAAUGACUGGUGAAAUUAAUCAAGCAACGAAUAAGUAAAUUAUUUAUUAGAAUCCCCAUUAGCUGUUGCUCACUCUUCCUGGGGUCGACACACAUUACAUACAGAACAUUAAUAUACUGUACAAGAACAGCAUAAGGACCGAACUACAUGCAUUUAAAUGGAAAGAAUAAAUGCAUUAAAAGCAUUGUCCCAAUGCCUGUAAAAAAAAAAAUGGAUGGCUUGGUUUUCAGAGGCGUUGGCGGAACUUAAUGGUGCAAUCAUGUUUAGGUCUGUCUUAGUGGCGUAUUGUAAAAUCUAAACUGUAGUAACUGUUAAUUUUUUCUGUAUUUUAGAACCAGUGACUUCAUGAAAAUGCAGUAUGCUUUGGUAAAGUAAUAAUGUUGUUGGCUAUGUAUUAUUCUGAUGAAUCCAACUCUGUGUACCUGCAGCACGUUUGUCUGCCCGACUGAGAUUAUUGCGUUCAGUGAUCGUGUGCACGAGUUCCGUGACAUCAAUGCUGAAGUUGUUGCCUGCUCUGUCGACUCACAAUUCACUCAUCUGGCAUGGUAAGAUUAUAAGCAUCACACCCCUCUUCAGAGGUGCUUGGACUUUAAUUUCAGAGUUUUUUUCCCCUCCGGCUUUAUGUUGUUAACAGGAUCAACACACCCAGGAAGCAGGGUGGUCUUGGACCAAUGAAAAUCCCUCUGCUGUCUGACCUCACACACCAGAUUUCCAAAGAUUAUGGAGUCUUCCUGGAGGAUGCAGGACACACACUCAGGUACAGUAUACACUUGCUCACGGGGGUAGAAGCUACUUCAAAAGAAGAGUACUACUAUGUUAAAUUGGUUUGAUACAGCUGCUACAGCCAGCGCAUUCAUCUUCUUAACCUUCAACAUUAUCCUCUUUUGUUAAUUGUUUCAUUUUUUUAAAUGGUUCAACAAAAUACCUGUAAACUGUUAAGUUCAUGAAGUUUAAAGUCAUGCUGUUUGAAACUGAAGCAAACUUCUCAUUGUUGUCACCUUCUCCCUCAGGGGCCUGUUCAUCAUCGAUGACAAGGGCGUCCUGAGGCAGAUCACCAUGAAUGACCUCCCCGUGGGGCGCUCUGUAGACGAGACCCUGAGGCUGGUCCAAGCCUUCCAGUAUACCGACAAACACGGCGAAGGUACAGUUCACUCCUCAGCCUCCAAAUUCAGUCUCACCACAUAACAUUCUCAGAUAAUAUAGCUAGACACUUAAUUAUCUGUGGUUGCUAUGGAUGGUAUUUUUUAUUUUUUUUACAGUUUGUGUGAAUUAAAUCAUUUUUCUUUUUGCAGUAUGCCCAGCAGGAUGGAAGCCAGGCAGUGACACAGUGAGUUUCAUACUGUGUGUGGUUAAAGGGGGCAAUCAGCAGUGGUGCAAUAUUUGGACUCAUAAAUUGAUGAUGUAUCCAUUGAUUCUUGAAGAAUAACUUAUACAUGCCUCAUGAGCUUAGUUCAACUGUCGUACCCCAUCAGAACCCAAAAUAUAAGCUUGUUUUAUUCCAAUGUUUGUAAACAAACACUAUACAGCCUCAACAUGGUUAAAACUAUAAUUUUGAUAUCAUGGACGGUCAGUCCUUGCAUCCAUAGCUCUGUCCAUGAAUUUGAGUGGUUACAUUUCUCCAGGCGCAUCCCUCAGCUUUUUACCGAAACAGGGUCGGGGAGUACGCUUUGUUAUUGUUUCAACUGCUGACUGCCGCUUUAAGUGAGUGCAUGCAUGAGAUUAUAUUUAUAAUCUCCACCGGGCACAGCCAGAAGAGGACUGUCCUCCCCUCAGAGCCUGGUUCCUCUCUAGGUUUCUUCCUAGGUUCCUGCCUUUCUAGGGAGUUUUUCCUAGCCACCGUGCUUCUACAUCUGCAUUGCUUGCUGUUUGGGGUUUUAGGCUGGGUUUCUGUAUAGCACUUUGUGACAACUGCUGAUGUAAAAAGGGCUUUAUAAAUACAUUUGAUUUGAUAUUAUUUUCUUAUACAAUUGCUUGUGCACUAAUUCAAUGUAUUACUCUUCACAGAUAAUCCCAGACCCAGCGGGCAAACUCAAGUACUUUGACAAGCUGAACUGACCCGCCCCUGUAAUAAACACUUUGGUUAAAGCUCAGAAUAAAAACAGUUUUGAUAAUCUGCUGUCUGUUUGUUUUAGCAAUGUAGAGGCAUAUUUGACAAAUCUAAUUCAAUCUUAUCUAGCGAUCUGAGUAAACUGGUGACCUUUUGAGAUGAGAAACAGGCCAGGAAUUAUGACAACCAUAUAAUUAAUACCUCUUGGAAAUUGCAGUCACACUCUCCUAAAUGGGAGACACUACAUGGUGCUUUAAAUAAAAUGCCUUUAAUUGCUUUGAACGUCCCAAAUUUGCUCCACUCCAGUGGAC